AUGGACAAGGCUGGAAACAGCUCCAAAGCUCACUCAUACGACUCUAUUCCAGUCGUUGAAGCAGAAUUCGAGUUGCAAAACCAGACUCCAGCUACCUAUAAGCGCUAUGCAGUGUAUUCUCCUAGAGACCUCUCUGCCUGGAGAAGUCACAUUUCUCUUAACACUAGUAUUUCAAUCCUGACAACUGCAUACGCCAUGGCCUUGAUGCACGGAGUCAGCACGUUUAUCGGACAGUCCAAAUGGCUUCACUUCAGCAGUAAGCCUCGCAGGCUGGCUGAUCUUGAGACAUUUGAUCAAGCCAGUCGCGGUGUUUGGGGCUCUGCUAUGCUGCUUACCACCGUCAAGUGGAAUCUGGCCACCAUUGGCGCGGUGAUUACCAUCUUGCGACUUUCUUUCUCGCCAUUCGCACAGCAGGUUGUUCUGAUCGAGCAGCGAGAUGUCAUCUCUUUUGGCGCUGGUGCUGGUGCUGCCACCUUCGGAUAUGCACACAGUUAUAGUCGGGAGGCAGUAUUCAAUCGCCUAUUAACCUCCGUCCCUGAGAGCAUCCCUCAAGAUGCCGGUAUGCAAAGCGCCGUCUUCAAGGGCCUCUACGGCGUCAACACCACAGAGCCUUUCAGCUGCCCCGGUGUAUGUCGCUGGCCUGGAUCAUACAUCUCCCUUGGCUUCAAGGCCGAGUGCAGGAAUGUCACCCAACAAACAUUGCAAACAUCCAACUGCAACAACAACCAAGCCAUGCUCCCUCACCAAUGCAAUAUGACGACUCCAGGCGGAAUCAUGCUCGGCGCUCACAUAGUGCCAAAAGAUGCUGCAACGGCCUACUGUAUGAACGCAAUUUCGCUGAUUGACAAAGGUACAUUAUUAUCAGACACCUUUCCCGAAAUCACGCGAUUUGCAAUUUAUAGAUCGACCCCGGACUCCAAUUUUCAGAUGCAAAGCAUCAACGUUACAGAAUGCUCUCUUUCCAUCACCGCCUACGAAUAUACAGACGCCAAAGCCAAUGGGAGUGAUUUUUAUUUUGCGAGCAGGCGAGAGGUCGAUUUCGGCGUCAAGAACCCCUGGUUUUUCAUGGACCAAAACGCAACUGCAAGGUUCCGCCGCUUGGCCACCAACGAGACAACAAGCGGCAACAUCCACGUCCCUGCCCUUGAGAUAGACUAUCCAAAUAUUCAAACGCUGGAAAUUUUCCUGACGUCCACCUCGAUAAUUAGCGAAUAUGUCGAGGGGAAUUAUGGAAAUACAAACCUCGGCGUUGCCGCUGCUCUAACCGGUGACGUGGACCUCAACGCUCGAUUCGACGGAAUGGCAACAGCCAUGACAAACUACAUACGCGAGCCUUUUGUUUCCAUCCGCUGGGGAUACUUUGCCGUCCCGAUUGCCAUUGAGGCACUUGCAAUCGUAUUUGCCAUCCUGAGCAUUUUCAACAAUCGCCGCAGUCGCAAUGUGCCCUUGUGGAAGUCCUCGACGCUUGCUGUCCUGGCUUGUCAGCAUAACGAGCAGCUUGAACUAUUGCAAACAAAAUGCAAGGGCAUUGAUGAAAUUCAAUUCGAGGCGGAGACACUCAAGGUACAGCUACAAUAA